GGUUGCUUUGGGCAGCUCGAGAGUCGCCUCAGGCACGGCGGCGCCCUUGCACGCCUUCACCACGCCCAUCUUGGUGACUGACGCCCGCGCCGCCCACACUAUCACGCCCGCUGAUAACGUCUUCACCACGGCGCCCCACCUCACGGACCAGCUGCAGGCGGUGUUGGCCACGGCCGUGCGUCUCGGGGGCGCAGGAGUAGGCGUCAGUGUCGUGUCCAGCUGCGACCACGCCACCCGCGUCCUGCAGGAGAGGGCGGCGCGGGCGGGCAUCAAGAUCCUUCACACGCUGCAGACGGAGGACGCCACGACCCUCGGGCGGGACGUGACGCGCUUCGUGACCGGGCAGGUGGGCUACGGCGGCGUGAUGGUGGUGCUUCUCAGUGCUGCAGAGAUCAAUCUGCUGACUGCCGAGUUGGAGGUGCGUCUGCUGAGGAAGCUGAGGCUCCGCUGGGUGCUGACGCCACUGGACGGCGAACCUUCCCUCGGGGGACUUCACGAAGAGCAGCUACGGAAGAAACUGCCGGGUUCGCUGCUGGUGGAGGCGCACUCGCCCGUCAUCCCGGGGUUCACGCAGUACUUCGCCGCCGCCGUAGCCGACAACACGUCCGUCGUGGCGCCGCUCGCACGCCGCUCGCUGCGCGCUUCCUCGCACUGCGACCCUGAGGUCUCCGAUCCCCCUUGUUCAGUGCUGAAUGCUGACGACGUCGGGCGCCUGGUGAGCGGCGCACCUACCACGGCCACUGUCAAAGCCGUGUCCUCCCUGGCUGCUGCCUUCAGACUUGUUCAGAUUGAACGCUGUUCCAAGGGUGUCCACUGCCUACAGGCACUUCGACAGGACCUGCACGAAGCACAACUAGACAAGCACAACUGA